GUCGUAACAAUCACAAUUUUCAUCGUCAGCAAAACCAAAAUCGUGAGGCCUAUAAUUUCCCUUCAUCUCCAAAUCAUUUCCCCUCAAAAUUCUUCUUUAGAAGAUAAAUCUUCCCUCAGAAAAUUUUCCUAAUUCUUCUACUUUGGUGUCUGAUUCUAGCGCCAAAACCAUUUUCCGAUCAAAAUUCCGAGACAAUUUCAUCUGGGUUUCGAUCAAUUUAGGUCUUUUUGAUUCCUACUUGUCUAAUCUUCUUGCAAUUUCAAGAUGACAAUUGGAGAUGUUGCUCCGAUUCCAAGGAGGAACAGUUCUUGCGCUAAUGAAAUUGUUGCUCCGUUAUUACCAGAGUAUCAUGGAGAUGAAGUUGCUUAUGAUGAAUUCAAUGGAGCUUCUUUUAGUGGCGCGGUUUUUAAUCUCGCUACGACUAUAAUUGGUGCUGGUAUCAUGGCUUUGCCUGCUACGAUGAAGAUUCUUGGACUUGGACUUGGAAUCACUAUGAUUGUUGUUAUGGCUUUCUUGACUGAUGCAUCGAUUGAGUUCUUGCUUAGGUUUAGUAAAGCUGGGAAGAAUCGAUCUUACGGUGGUUUAAUGGGUGGUUCUUUUGGUAAUCCUGGAAGGAUUUUGCUUCAAGUCGCGGUUUUCGUUAACAACAUCGGUGUUUUGAUUGUUUACAUGAUCAUUAUAGGUGAUGUGUUGGCUGGAAAGACGGAAGAUGGAAUCCAUCAUUUCGGUGUUCUUGAAGGAUGGUUCGGUCACCAUUGGUGGAACGGAAGAGCUGCUAUUCUUCUUAUUACAACUCUUGGUGUGUUUGCUCCAUUAGCUUGCUUCAAGCGAAUUGAUUCUUUGAAAUUUACAUCUGCCUUAUCCGUGGCUCUGGCGGUUGUGUUUCUCAUUAUUACAGCGGGAAUUUCGAUUAUGAAGUUGAUCAGCGGCGGUGUGGCGAUGCCAAGAUUGCUACCAGAUGUUACCGACUUAACAUCUUUCUGGAAUCUCUUCACAGUUGUACCCGUUCUUGUCACAGCAUUCAUUUGCCAUUACAAUGUUCACAGCAUACAGAACGAGCUCGAAGACGCCUCUCAGAUAAGACCUGUUGUCCGAUCAGCACUUAUGCUCUGCUCAUCAGUUUACAUUAUGACAAGCAUUUUUGGGUUCCUCUUGUUUGGUGAUGAUACUCUUGAUGAUGUCCUUGCAAACUUUGACACCGACCUUGGAAUCCCUUUUGGUUCUAUCCUUAAUGAUGCAGUUCGAGUUAGCUAUGCACUUCAUCUGAUGCUCGUGUUCCCAAUUGUUUUCUACCCUCUGCGGAUUAACAUUGACGGGCUCUUGUUCCCUUCCGCCCGAUCAUUAUCUACCUCAAAUGUGAGGUUUGGUUGCCUCACUGCCGGUCUCAUCUCUGUAGUCUUCUUGGGUGCAAACUUCAUCCCGAGCAUUUGGGAUGCUUUCCAAUUCACUGGAGCAACUGCUGCUGUUUGUCUCGGCUUCAUCUUCCCCGCGUCUAUUAUACUAAAGGAUCGUCAUGGCAAAGCAACAAACAGGGACACAACCUUAGCCAUUUUCAUGAUCGUUCUUGCGGUAUUGUCCAAUGCAAUCGCCAUUUACAGCGAUGCCUAUGCACUAUUCAAGAGGAACGCGCCUCGUGAGUAAUCUUGGAAUGAGAAAAUGUGCAGUUUGGUGUUUCUGAAUGAAGAAGAAGAAGAAAAAACAAACGUGUGAAAUCAAAUAAUGAAGAAGAGACUUCUCUUCUCUAUAUGUUUGUACUUUGUACUAUUGUUGUUGAGUGUUCUAAGCGGACUUUUGCUUGCUUCUGGUUAAAUACCACCAUGAGUGUUGUUUAUAGAAACUCUGUAUAAAAAUGUAAUGCAGAUACACAUAUUUUGCCUUUUCA